GACAGGAACAAGAUGGCGGCGGUAGCAGCGCUAGCAGCAGCGUUAGCCUCUGCUCCGGUCCUCCUUGUUGUCUGAGAGACUGGAGAGCCGACAGGAUGAACCUCUGCGCCCAGUAUCUGCGACAGGCAGAGGCCCUGAAGGCUGACAUGACAGAUUCAAAGCUGGGGGCGGCAGAGGUCUGGACGUCUCGGCAGGCUCUGCAGGAUCUGUACCAGAAGAUGCUGGUCACGGACCUGGAGUACGCCCUGGACAAGAAGGUGGAGCAGGACCUGUGGAAUCAUGCUUUUAAGAACCAGAUCACCACCCUGCAGAGCCAGGCCAAGAACAGAGCCAACCCCAACCGCAGCGAGGUCCAGGCCAACCUGUCGCUGUUCCUGGAGGCCGCCAGCGGCUUCUACACACAGCUGCUGCAGGAGCUCUGCACCGUGUUCAAUGUGGACCUGCCGUGUCGCGUCAAGUCGUCCCAGCUCGGCAUCAUCAGCAAUAAACAGAGCAGCAGCAGCGCCAUCGUCACGCCGCAGCCCAGCUCCUGCUCCUACAUCUGCCAGCACUGCCUCGUCCACCUGGGAGACAUCGCUCGUUACCGGAAUCAGACCAGCCAGGCGGAGUCGUACUACCGACAUGCAGCUCAGCUGGUCCCUUCAAACGGCCAGCCCUACAACCAGCUGGCCAUCCUGGCCUCCUCUAAGGGAGAUCACCUCACCACCAUCUUCUACUACUGCCGCAGCAUCGCUGUCAAGUUCCCCUUCCCAGCAGCCUCCACCAACCUGCAGAAGGCGCUGUCCAAGGCUCUGGAGAGCCGUGACGAGGUGAAAACCAAGUGGAGCGUGUCAGAUUUCAUCCGGGCCUUCAUCAAGUUUCACGGCCACGUGUACCUGAGUAAGAGUCUGGACAAACUGGACACUCUGAGAGAGAAACUGGAGGAGCAGUUUCAGAGGCUGAUCCUACAGAAAGCCUUCAGCUCUCAGCAGCUCGUCCACAUCACCGUCAUCAACCUGUUUGAGCUCCAUCACCUCAGAGACCUGACGGCCGACAGCAGCGAGCAGAGCUACAGCAGCGAGCAGCAGAUCAGCUGGUUCCAGCUGCUGGGACUCUUCAUGUCCUUCCUGGGCGUCAUGUUCAGCCGUGCUCUGCUCAAUAAGAGCCGUGGGGAGGAGAUCAUGGGAGAGUGUCCUCUUCCUGCCAUCAAAGUGUCCCUGGACUGGCUCAGACUGAGGCCCAGCGUCUUCCGUGAGGCAGCCGUGGAUCAGAGGCAGCAUAUCUGGCCCUGGCUGGUCUCCAUCCUCAACAGUUUCCAGCCCAAAGAGGACGACGUGUCGUGUUCUUCAGUGAUGCCCCUGCCAGAGGAGUUUGAGCUGCAGGGUUUCUUGGCACUGCGGCCCGCGCUCAGGGCUCUGGACUUCACUAAAGGUCACCAGGGGAUUCUGGUGGACAGAGACGGUCUGCCUGUCCACACCCGACAUCAGAGACUCAUCAGUCUGGGGAAGUGGGUCGCCGACAACCAGCCAGGGCUGAUCCAGUGCAGAGUGAGCGAGGACGGCCUCCUCGUCUUCUUCACCGACAUUCCAGAGCAGGCCAUCGAGGAGCCGCAGGAGAAGGAGGCGCCGGUGCUGCAGGAGUCGUCGAACGGCGAGCAGACGGCCAACGACGGUCUGAACUCCGGUCUGAAGUCGGUGCUGUCGGCGGGGAAGACGCAGAGCUCGUGGCCGGACGGCGGCGACCGUCCCGUCGUCACCUUUAAGGAGAACAUCAAACCGCGGGAGCAGAGCCGUGAGCCGACACGAAACCACCACCUGAAGGACAGCGGGAAGGAGCGGCGAGACUUCAGCAAAGGAAACGGGGCUGCUGGGAAAGGAGAGCUGAAGAGGGACGGGAAGAGGAAGAGCGAGCUGAAGAAGGCUGCUCAUGAGAAGACGCCUGACGCCGUUAAACAGGUGAAAGCGCAGACGGAGCUGAGGAAGACUCCGGUGUCUGAGACCAAGAAGACUCCUGGGACCCAAACUCAAACCACCUGCUCCUCCCAGUUCAUCCCCAUCCACCAUCCUGGAGCCUUCCCACCGCUACCCAGCAGACCCGGGUUCCCUCCCUACGUGAUCCCUCCCCCAGUGGCGUUCCCUGGCCUCCAGGUGAAUCCAGGCUUCACCUUCUCCACCGGCGUGUCUGUCCCCGCCCCCUUCCUCCAGCCGGGCGUCCACACUCAGGCUGGCAGCCAGGCGGGGAAGCAGUCCCACAUUCCCUACAGCCAGCAGAGGCCCUCCGGUCCCGGUCCGGGUCAGGGGCCGGGGACCGCGGGCCAAGUCCCGGGGGCAAUGACCCAGAGCGCCUCUCAGAAUCAGCAGCCGCAGAGCCAGACGCCCUCCCAGCAGGCUUUGCAGCAGACGGUCCAGCUGCAGGUUCAGGCCAUGAGCCAGCAGCAGCAGUCUCCCACUAAACCGGGGCAGCAGGUCGGGAUGGGGAAGAGUCCACCUCACCACCCGGGUCUGCAGCAGUACAUGCAGGUCCAGGACCAGCCGGCUCAGAUGUGGAACCAGGCUCAGGCCGCCCUGCAGAAAGUUCCCACUCUGCAGAUGUCCAUGAAGCAGCCUCAGACGCAGCAGCAGCAGCAGGCCUUCUACAUGGCAGCUCAGGACCCUCUCAAACUGUACGAGUCCCAGCUGCAGCCCCCCACCCAGCAGCAGCUCCCCAACAUGGACAAGAAGAUCAAGUACCCCAACGUCAAGAUGCAGGACUUCUACUGGGAGCCCUCCUACAGGUUAGGAGACGGGCUGGCCGUCAUGGCCGACAGGAUGAAGAGGCCUCCUCCAGGAGGAAUCUGUCCGGACCAGGACCCCUCUGCCGGGCCCCGGGGACCCCCGUUUGAGGACAACAAGAGCUCGCCUCUUCUCCCUCCUGACCUGUUAAAAAGUCUAGCAGAUUUUGAGGAGGAGGAGGAGCUGGUCUUUACUAAGCCUCCUGAUUUCUUCCAGGCUUUGGCCGGCCCUCUUAGCACUGCUCCUGGACCAAACAUAUUUCUGCCAAACCAGACCAGGAUGGAGAGCGGCCCUGAGGUCGUCAGCCAAUCAUCUUCUCUCCUGCCCAUCUCUGGGUUCCCCAUGCAGGAGUACAAUCAGAACAGCAUCUUCAGUCAGGCCUACGGUAAGAACCUGCCCCCCAGCUCCAAGCCUGAUGCUCCCAUGAUGCACCAGGAGCCGUCUCUGUACUCACUGUUUGAGGGGACUCCAUGGUCGCCCUCCCUCCCCGCCAGCUCAGAUCACUCCACCCCAGCCAGCCAAUCCCCUCACUCCUCCAACCCCAGCAGCCUGCCAUCCUCCCCUCCAACACACAACCACGGAGCCAUGCCCUUCUCCAACUUCGGGCCCAUCGGCACGCCGGACAGCCGGGACCGCAGGGUGAUGGACCGCUGGAAGGCCGACAAGACCGGAGCGGUCAGUGGGUUCGGUCUGGACUACCUGCCAGCUGCAGCUUCCUCUGCAGCCUCAGACACCAGCUGGCACCAGGCUGGACCAGCGGGAGGCUCCUGGACCAAUCAGGAGUCUCCCAUGGAGGAGUCGUCCUCCACCGUGCUGCUCGAUAGCCUCAAGUCCAUCUGGUCGAGCUCCAUGAUGCAGCCGGGCCCGUCGGCGUUGGAGCAGCUCCUCCUGCAGCAGAAACAGAAGCAGCAGCGAGGUCACGGCGCCAUGAACCCGCCUCACUGAACGGCCGGCCGCGACGGCGGCGCUUUGUGUUCUGACGUCAACGAAAACCCACCACCAGGAGAAACGGGAGGAAAACGGAAGUUUGACGAAGACGAGCUCCAAAUAAAACGGAAAAUUAAACCGGUGAGAAACGGUGGAGGCUGGGGAGGCCACACGACCCCCCGACGAGGCUGAAACACCACCCCCACCCCCCCCUCGCUGUCGAGGAGCGGGGAGCCCCUCAUGGAUCGGAGGGCGCGGGAUCUCUUCUAACGCGGCGCCAGCCGCCAUAACCGCCAGGUUCCCUUUGACCUGCGGAAAAUCUGAACUUUGAGGAACACGACACCCCCUCAUGACCUCUGACCUCCGUUAUAGACGGACACUACGCCUCAUCACGAAGAACUCUCUCUCUGUAGACUAAAAAAAUAAAGUAAAAAACCUCGUGGACGUCUGAUUGGUUGGUCAGAGCGCCUGUUUUUAGCGUCUCUGCCACCACAGACAGAAGCGAGGCACCAAUGAGAGAGAGCGAGGACGGCGUGGUGGUCGAGGUCAGAAUAGACUGGACUUUGUGAUCUCUGCGUUCAUUUUCAUCUCUGAGGAGGAGGAGGAGGAGUCUGCGUGUCUGAAGGGUGAAGGAGAGGACGGCUGAUUGGUUCAGCUGUUUAAAUAUAUAAAUAAAUAAAUAUAUCGCCAUAGUUGGACUUUAACGGCCCGUCUCUUAGCCGUGUGGAAGGAGCGCCCGCUCACUCGCUCGCUUGAUAUCUGUUUUUGAAGGAAGAGAUGAUCGUCCCGAUGACAGGACGGCCUCACGGUGCCGGGGGAGCGAAGGAGGCGGGGCCAAGACCAUAAACGCAGUCACUCGUAGGGAUAGUUUAACCUUUAGCUUCAAGAGAUUGCAGAUAUUAACAAACAAACUGUAUUUUGUGAUUUGUUGGUAGCAGUUUUAGCUUCACGCCGUCUGAGGCGAUCACAGCUCUGUCUAUUAGCUUCCUGCUUGGAUCUUUCUGGAGUUUUCUUCCUCUCUGGCUCUUCUUCCUCUUCUUUCUUUACUUAAUGAAGAAAAAAACUAAAGGUGUAACCCUGCUCGCUUAUUUAUCCUGUAUUUACUCUUUCUUUUUGUUCCUCUUCUGCCUUUUUACCAGUUUUAAAGCAGCUCUGCCGGCUCUGCUCGUACCGCCGUAACGGUUAGCUCAGUGUUAGCAAGACGUUAGCCGUGGUUAGCACCAGACAGAUGGACAGACGGCUCAGCCUGAAUGUUUCCAGCUAUCUUUUCUUCUAAAAGCUCUCCUGCAGCUCGACCGUGUACAGCAGAUUUUCGUCUGGAAGCCCUGCAGCGCCGCUAUCACUGACAGCAUGAGACGCUAGCAGGAGAAUUCAGCGGUUUCCUUUCAGUGUCCCAGCAGUUAGCUCGGGACACUCUGGGACAUGGCCCGACACUUUAUCCCCAUUUUCCUGUCCCUAUUUUCCCUUCUGUUGACACGGGCGAGGAAUAAAGGAGAUCUGGUCGGAGCUUGGACUGUCCUACAGGAAUAUUUUCACGUUUUUUCUCUUUUCGCUCACAAAGCGUGUUAGCUCAUUUUACAGAGAGAGUGAUAAGUGAUUGAUAAUAUCAGUUCCAGUGGUAGAGAUGUUUAACUCUGACUUGUUAUCACAUAAAACUGUUAGAUCCCCACAUUCAGACUCAACUAUGGAAAACUUUUAUUUCCUAAUCUGAGGUAAAAAUGUCAGAAAUCAAAGUCAGAACUGUGAGAUUUCUUAGAUCGAAGAUGGAAUUCUGAGAUUAGAGUCAGACUUUAACCUAAGAAUCUGGUCUUUUUUAUCUCAGAGUUAAAAAACAGUUUGAUCUGAAAGAAAAAAAAAUGUAGUGGCCCCUAAAUCUCAUCCAUACCCCAAAUCCAAGGCACCACACUUCUGUUUCCUCCCCUUCAAAAUAAAAGCGCUUGAUGCCAUCUUGAUGAAGCAGAAACUGAAAUGAACAGGGCAGAGUAAUCGGGGUGAUAUCGGACUUUCUGUUAGGACUCUGUGUUACUAGACUAGCAAAUCCAGGAACUAGGAGAGCCAAAUUCAGGAACUAAAUGGAGCUAUUAGUGCAGAAAGAUUUGAUCAGAGUAGUCGUAGCCCUGAAAAUGUGCUGUGCUGUUCAAGCUGCAGGAGACGGUUAUUAUUUCCCUUCCUUCUCCUUUUCAUUUAGAAAGGGGAAAAAAUAUAAACUAACUUUAUUCAAACGGUUCUCAUUGAUUUGAUGAUUAGUUCAGAAAGAAGAUACCAUAAUGACGUGGAGGUAGGAGGCUGUUUCAUAUCAGCUUCUAAUCAGUCUGCAUAAAAAGCAGCAAAUUCCUCAAUAAUGUCCUCGGGCUGCCUGUUUUGGUUCUGCAGUGAGAAACUUCAUUUCAUUGUCAUUAAGGGGCGUGUCUGCAGCUGCUGGUUUUUGCACUGAUGGCAUCCACAGCAUCGGUUUCUUAAGUGGGUGUACUCCUCAUUUACCCUGCUCUGUAUGAAAGCAGCCUGUCCAACAACAGAUCUCUGCACUGUUUCAGUCCACUCUCCAUAGUCCUCCGACGUGUUUACAGACGCCUUUGUUUCCAGAGUUGAACCUUUUUCAGCUGAGAGUGAUGAGAGCUCAAUGCUGAAAACGCUGGACCACAUUGGUUUUAUUUUGAAAGUGAGGGCUACCAGUGUUAAAAACUGAGGCUGUGGACACGAGCCCUGAUGACUAAGAAGACAAUUCUUUAUGUCAGAGCAGCUGGAUUAAACACUUCUUUAUUUCUAGAUUGAGUUUAAGGCCACGUUUGCAUGAAAACGAUCCUCUGAAAAUGGAACCAUUCUUGGUUUUCAACAGUUCAGCGUUCAGACCACAUCUGAAUAAUAACUGCUGUGCACAUGGUUCCUGAUAAAUGGCUAAAAUUAGGGAGGAGUGCAAGGAUGGAAUGUUUAAUAAACAUCCGGGAUGACAUCAUCUUCAAAGGCAAGGCUAGAAUGUUUGAGAAACUUUAAAGGAUGACAUCAUCUUCAAAGGCAAGGUUAGAAUGUUUUAGAAACAAUAAAUGACAUCAUCUUCAAAGGCAAAGCUAGAAUGUUUUAGAAACUCUAAAGGAUGACAUCAUCUUCAAAGGCAAGGCUAGAAUAUUUGAGAAACUUUAGGGGUUGACAUCAUCUUUAAAGGCAAGGCUAGAAUGUUUGAGAAACAAUAAAUGACAUCAUCUUCAAAGGCAAGGCUAGAAUAUUUGAGAAACUUUAGGGGUUGACAUCAUCUUCAAAGGCAAGGCUAGAAUGUUUGAGAAACAAUAAAUGACAUCAUCUUCAAAGGCAAGGCUAGAAUAUUUGAGAAACUUUAGGGGUUGACAUCAUCUUCAAAGGCAAGGCUAGAAUGUUUGAGAAACAAUAAAUGACAUCAUCUUCAAAGGCAAGGCUAGAAUAUUUGAGAAACUUUAGGGGUUGACAUCAUCUUCAAAGGCAAAGCUAGAAUAUUUGAGAAACAAUAAAGGAUGACAUCAUCUUCAAAGGCAAGGCUAGAAUGUUUGAGAAACAUUAAAGGAUGACAUCAUCUUCAAAGGCAAGGAUAGAAUGUUUGAUAAAAACUAAAGAAUUACAUCAUCUUUAAAGGCAAAGCUAGAAUAUUUGAGAAACAAUAAAGGAUGACAUCAUCUUUAAAGGCAAAGCUAGAAUAUUUGAGAAACAAUAAAGGAUGACAUCAUCUUUAAAGGCAAGGAUAGAAUGUUUGAGAAACAUUAAAGGAUGACAUCAUCUUCAAAGGCAAGGAUAGAAUGUUUGAUAAAAACUAAAGAAUUACAUCAUCUUUAAAGGCAAAGCUAGAAUAUUUGAGAAACAAUAAAGGAUGACAUCAUCUUCAAAGGCAAAGCUAGAAUAUUUGAGAAACAAUAAAGGAUGACAUCAUCUUCAAAGGCAAGGCUAGAAUGUUUGAGAAACAUUAAAGGAUGACAUCAUCUUCAAAGGCAAAGCUAGAAUAUUUGAGAAACAAUAAAGGAUGACAUCAUCUUUAAAGGCAAGGAUAGAAUGAAGCUGUGGUUGUUGGGACCUUUUUCCCUCCACUUUUCCCCCAAUCACAGGCCAUGGCAACUUUUGUAAAAGUGGGAUGAACUGGCGAGGAGUGGGAGAAAUCUCUUCCUGGACGCCAUUGUCUACAGGCUCUGGGUUGCUUCAACUGAACCACGCCCACCUCUUUCUCCUUCAAGGAUGCUGAUUGGUCCGGUCAUGCUUGGACCAGGAAGAAGUGAAUCAGCUCAAAGCUUUAAAAGAUGGAUCUGCCUGAUGACGUUUUGAAUGUGGACAGCCUGUCAGCGUUGAAAGGUUAACCCAGGACGCCGUUGUCGUGUUGAGAUGAGAGUGAGGGUUUCCAUUUUCAGAGAUCGCCGUGUAAACGUGGCCUCAUUGAUCCUAGGAGUCUGUAUUGAUCAGCUCUGUUGUUUCAGUGUGUUUCUGCCGUGCUGCGUUGGCGUCUGUUUGAAGGAGGCGUGCGGCGGUAAUGAAGAGUGGGCGGAGCCCUCUGGCGUCUCUUAGAAAUGUCCUAAAAGUUCCUGUGAUGGAAGCAGACUAAAGAGUAGCACAGGUUUGUUCUGCCGUUUCAUUUUUACCUUCAGGUUGUUUUUUAACCAAUCAGAAUGCUCGAAGGCGCUGAAAAUAACAAACCUGUCCGGUUUAAACCAGCAGAACGCUGUUUCUUCUUUCUUUCAUGGUUUCACUCUGAAAGGGUUUACAAAAUAAAAGCCUGUUUUAUUUUCCCACUGAGGGUGUUUUAUUACAGCAGAAUUUAAAGAGACAGUGUCUAUUUUCCGUGUGAUUGUGCUUUUCAUGUUGCAUUUAAAAAAUGUAUUUGACAAAUGAAAACGUUAAAAUAUUCAUGAAUGUGAGGACGAAUUGGCCAGAAGUGUCAAGGAGAAAAAACAAAAUUUAUUUUCAUGUUUGAAGCUCGCCGCGGGGAUCCCCGAGACCGAAGGUUGUCACUGAUAUCAGGAUUUAAUCUCUGAGAGGACUCAUGUAGAGAUGAACUUUAAUAACCUUUGAUAACAAAUAUUAAAGUCCUUCAGAAAUGGAGGAAUUCUUGGUUUGACCAUAAAUCAACAGUGAACUCUUAGAUAUGAGACGUUCUCUCUCAAAUGUUUCUGAUGUUCUAGAAAAGUUCAGACAGCUCUCUUUAUCUGCUGCAGCUUUAGUUUGAGAAUACGACUGAAGGGAUGACGUUUAAAAGGCUCAGUAUUCCAGCCUGUAGAUCGUUAAGAGAACACGUUCUGUUUAAAAGUCCGAGGUUCUAGAACAAUCUUACUGAGAGCUAGAACCCGUAGACUGGUUCCACCCUGAGGAAGGAGGAUCCUCGUCGGCUGGAGCUCAGACGGCAGAUUUUACGGUCACACUUGAGGAACAUUCGAUCUGAGCUUUGACUUUUUGUGUUUCUGUCUCUGUAGAAUGAGAAGUGAUGGAAUCAGCCUUUAAAUAAACGAUUUUCUCCCUCAA